UCAUAGUCACCUUUCUGGGCCUCUUUCUUCAAGGGCAGGGCUGGGUCUGCAGGGCCUGGCCCAGAGUAAAUGCAGGGCCCAGCCCAGCUGUGGGUCAAAGUAGUGCCUGGGGAGGGGCUGGGGCUCUGUUGAUCUCUUAUCUCCCAGGCUCCCUUGGUCUUAUCUGAUGGGGCUCAACAGGCAACAGAUGAGGCUGACAAGGUCCCAGGGUUACUGAGUAACUCUGGCCUCUUUAAAAGUCCCACUGUUUACCCCUGACACCCAGCAUGGGCCACUUCUCUGCCUGGCGCACUGCUGCCAUGAAUGCCUGUUUGCUCUCUCUGCUGUGCCUCCUGGGUGCCUUGGCUGUCCUGGCAGAGGGGGUCACUGUGCAGGAUGGAGACCUUUCCUUUCCUCUGGAGUCAGUGAAACAGCUUAAGGACCUCCAGGAGGUACCAGAGUCCCUGCUGGUGAGUCACAAGAGGUUUGCUCCCAGGCUUCUUGUGCCUGCGGCACCACCGCUGUGCAGACACCCUAAAUUUCCAGAAGCGCUGAGGCCCCUCUGCAAGAAACCCAAUGCUGAGGAGAUUCUGCAGAGGCUAGAGGCCAUUGCUCAGGACCCAAAUACAUGUGAGAUCUGUGCCUACGCUGCCUGCACUGGAUGUUAGGAUGGCAUUGCUUGUCUUCUCGGCCUGCAUGGAAGCCCCUUCUA